AUGGCCCGAGUCUAUGCCGAUGUGAACGCUCGCUACGGCCCCAGUUGGUACGAUUAUGAGAGUUUGCGUAUCGAGUGGAAUGUCCCGGAUCGCUAUGAGAUUGUGGCGCGGUUGGGUGGCGGACGAUACUCGAACGUGUUUGAAGGCAUCGACUCCUCCAACGAGGAGCCAUGCGUCAUCAAGGUGCUGAAGAGCAUCGCAAAGAAGAAAAUCAAGAGGGAGAUCAAGAUCCUCCGUAACCUCGCCGGUGGACCCAACAUCAUCCGCCUCCUCGACGUCGUCCACGACCCACCGUCAAGGUCGAACAGCCUAAUCAUGGAGCACGUCCACAACGCGGAGUGGAAGGAUAUGUAUCAUAACCUCACGGAGAUGGAGACCAAAUUCUACAUAUUCCAAUUGCUCCGGGCGCUUGACUUCGUCCAUGCCCGCGGGAUCAUCCAUCGCGAUGUUAAGCCAGCCAACAUAAUGUUCGACAGGGAACGUCGUAAGCUUCGUCUAAUUGACUGGGGCCUCGCAGAGUUCUACCAUCCUGGGGUGGAGCUGCACACACGUGUGGCGUCACGGUAUUACAAAGGCCCAGAACUGCUCGUGGGCUACAAGCAUUAUGACUACAGCCUAGACAUUUGGAGUGUGGGCUGUAUUCUGGCUUCGAUGAUUUUCCGACGGGAGCACUUUUUCCGUGGACGUGACAACGAGGACCAGCUACUCAAAAUCGUCAAAGUGGUUGGAUCAGACGAUCUCGAGAAGUACCUGUCCGCAUAUCACCUGUAUCUGGAGGCGUUCAACGAAGACUUGACCCAGAAUUAUCCGAAGCAGCCCUGGACGAAGUUCGUUACACAGGACAACAGAUUAAAUGUUACCUCAGAGGGGAUCGACCUGCUGGACAAGAUGCUGCGCUUCGACCACCACGACAGAGUCACCGCAGCCGAAGCCUUGGCACAUUGCUACUUCAGUGCGUAUUCGCUGUUUCCGCACAACUCCGCAGUCGAGAUCCCACACCAUCUCUACAUGUUUAACGCCGUACGCCUCGAGACCCCAUCCAAUCUGGCAGAGUGCGUGAGCGAUUCCGGCUUCUAUUCGACGUGA